AUGCAGGAGUCGCGACAACCUGCGAAACUACAGAAACGAAAGAGUCGAGAACGGCAAGACUUCGAGAGAGCAGGACUGGAACGGACGCAGAUGUCAGGAGGCCUGGCCAAUCAUACUGCAGUCUCGUCACAACCCCAAGAGCCCUCCGACACCAUGUCCGGCGAGAAGAAGUCGAGAUGGAGACUCUCAGGCUUCCACUCGAAGAACAAAGACAAGGAUAGUCAUAACGAAAUGAUUCGAAAAGACUCUUCAGCCAAUACGUUUGAUUCAGCAUACGCGAGUAGUGAGCCUGGCAGCAGUGCGAAUCCUAGCUUUUCAGGCAAUGCACGACCCAUUUCAGGAGAGCAGUGGGUGCCUCCUCCAGCACCACCUCCUUCGGCUACAAACCAACAACAGGAGUUACACCAGCAGCGGAGGCAAUCCCAUCCCCAGGGAUUAGCGACUGAGGUAAUACCACCCACACCACCAGCGGACACAGGCCGUGCUCCUCCCACCCAGUCUGCGUACGAACACUAUUCUCCACCCCCUCGCUCCCCUGCACGCUCUCAGCAAGGAAAUUUUGCCCCGCCUCAGCAACCUCAACAGCAAGCUUCAAGCACUGAGAACGUAUCGCGGGAAACGCACACGGACAACAGAACAGGGAAUGUUAUAACUACAACGACCACAACAACGACCACCACUACCACAAUCACGGGUCCAGGCGGCUCUACAACGACGGAGCAGCCCAUUGGCAGCAAUGCUACCCCCAGCGUCACUAGCAUGUCUGGACCGAGUCCACCAGCGCCGGCUCCAGUUUCGCCUGUGGUUCAAGCACCAGCCCCUCAGCACCACGACAUUGAGCCUCUCCCAACUCAACCGGUCGAGCUGUCGUCUGUCUCUCCCGCCAUUGAGCAUCAGAAUCCUAUGAACAGGACGACAACAAAUGAGCCAGUGAGCCCGAUAACGCCUGCGAGUCCAGGACGGGCGAAUUUCUCCUACCCUUCGCGGGCGAUUCCACCAGGCGUCCCGCGGCAGGUGCCAGCUGAUCAACAAUCACAGCCUCAGGACGACCCCAGUCGGCCAAUGCCGUAUCGCAUGGGACAUGCUCCGCAGCAGGGUGUGGAUCAUAAUGUGCAGAAGCAGUCGACCAUGGCAAACCUUCGGGCAGCAGCAGCUGGCAUUCAUGGCGCAUCAGAAGCUCUGCGAGGGACUUUUAACGACUCGAUCGACCGCCGCUUCGUCGCACCAGACAACGCAGUACACGCAAAGAACCAGGCGACCAUCGCUGCUGGACGUCGGGAGAUUGAAACGCAACAAUUUACACCGCGUGAGCAAAAUCACCGACCGCCCGCGGCUGAUGCGCCACCAGUCCCUGCUUUCAAGACAGCAUAUGGGGGUCCGCCAGUAUCUGGCUCACAAGCUGAGGGUGGCAGCCGUGGCGCGAAGCUGAGCAGCUUUUUGAGGAAGAAGAUGGACCUUGAUGGAACGGAGGCCGCGAAACGCUACCAGACAGGCAAUAAUGUUCAUUGA